AUGGCCCACGUACGUCAUUCGGUUGAUCGUGAAGACGCUCCAUUCCUCGACUCCCCCGACCCGAGCUCCUCCGCACAUCGUCAUGUUCAUUCCAAGCCCAGCAUCGGCAGCCGGCCUGCCCAGGCUAAUGCCUCUGCUAGCGCUAUUACAUUCCGCUUUAAGCUGAUUCUGUUCUCCAUGAUUCUGGCGGUGGAAAUCGGGUUUGCCUUCCUGGAAGGCCCCAUGACCCGGAUCAUGGAGGCUAUUACCUGUCGGCAAUACUUUUUGGUGGCGGAUCCAACUAAGAUCGGGGCCGAUGGACAGGUGCCAGAGGCGAUGUGUAAAAUUGGAGAGGUACAAGCAGAAUUGGCUGCAGUGAAAGGGUACCACAUGUUCUUUGAUGGCACUUUGUGUGCUUUAUUGGCAAUUCCAUAUGGUCUGCUGGCAGACCGCCGUGGUCGCAAAGCCACGCUCGCUUUAUCCCUCCCAGGGUUUGCCUUGAAUACGGUCCUUACUCUGACUGUACUGUGGUUUUCGAAUAUAUUCCCUCUGCGAGCCCUUUGGUUUACUGCCUUGACUUGGCUUGUCGGAGGUGGUCCUGUCGCAGCAUUUGCUAUCAUAUGGACUAUGAUGGCUGAUGUCACUAAUGAAUCAGAACGAGCGGGUAUUUUCUUCCAGUUUGCUAUCGUCUCAAUGGGUGCAGACUUUGCCUCUAGUUCACUCAGUUCCUAUCUGAUGACCUUGAACCCGUGGAUCCCACUAGUGAUUGGAUUCGCAAUUGUGAUGGGCGGCGUGACCCUCAUUCUUCUUCUGCCGGAAACGAAGCAUGCUAUGCCAGACAAACCGAAUCCGAUGACUCCUGUUGAGCUCUCUGACCUGAAUGAUGAAAUCGAGCCGAAACAUUACAUCCACGAAGCUCAUGGGAUGGAAUCAUACCACGACGAGGCCGAUGUCAAUGGUGACCGAGCAAAUGAACCUCCGUCGUGGAGUAUUCCGUCUUAUUCCCAUCAGUCCUUGCUGGCCAAGGUCCGUGCCUACUACCGCUUCUAUCUAAAGCCCUACGUCUUUAUUCUCAACCGAAAGCCAGUGCUGCUUCUUCUCACAGCAUUCCUUGUGUAUCGCCUCAGCCGAGGUUCCUCCUGGUUCUUGGCCCAAUACAUAUCGACCCGUUAUGCUUGGACCUUGGCUGAAGCCAACUUUCUGGUAGCUUGUCGACCAGUUGUCUCAAUCCCACUCUUCCUUUUCGGCUUGCCAUACCUCAAAAGUCGGGUCUUGAACCCCCGACGCUCAUCAACAGAGAAAGAUGUAUGGCUCGCUCGUGGAAGUAUAUUCUGCCUAACACUGGGGACAUUAGGGAUCGGCCUUUCCCCAUCUGUCGCCACCUUGAUCCCAAGCAUGAUUGUGCAGGCAUCGGGAUCCGGCUUUGUGUUCAUCACUCGGUCCAUCAUUACCACCCUGGUUGAGAGAGAUGAAACAGCGCGCCUAUUCACUGCGGUCGAGAUUAUCCAGUCCCUGGGCAAUGUGAUUGCAAGCCUCUCCAUAACUACAGUCUUUCGAAUUGGUCUGCGUCUUGGUGGGUUCUGGAUUGGACUGGCGUGGAUGAUGACCAGUACAUUAUUCUGUCUGGUUGGAGUGGCUAUCUGGUGUUUCAGGCUGCCUCCUGCUCCCCCCGCCCCAGAAUUUAUGGUUGACGACUAUGAGGAGGAUGGUGAUCACUUAUAG